UCCUCCUCCCUCCUCCCUCCUCCCCCCUCCUUCGUCUCCUUGUCAGGUUUUCUCCAAUCAGCCAUUCCUGGCCACAAGUGCUCCUCUUCUUCUCUUUCUCGCUCUCCUCCCUAGCGUGAUCUUUCGCAUUCCACUCCAGGAUCUUCCCUUUUCCUCCCUUUUUCCUCUCCUCCUCCUCCUCCUCCUCCUCUUCCUCCUCUUCUUCCUCCUCUUCCUCUUUGUCUGGUUAUCCUCCCUCCAUCCCUUUUCCUCUCUUAACCCUCUCCUACCACCUCCUUUGCCCCCCCUUCUCUAUCCUGAUCAAAAUGGCGUGGAAGCGGGAGGGAUUCGAUCUGCCGACACGUGUGGCGGCCAUCGUGACACUGCUUCAUAUACUGCCGAUGCUCUCAUUGGGCCAAAAUUUAGAAGCUGCAAUAUUGCAGGGGGCAAUGAGAUCCUGGGAGAAUGGAGUGGAAGUACUCAAGGCAUCGUGGGCCGGGGACAAUCCCUGUGCAUAUGUCGGUGUUAAGUGCAAUGAGAACUAUAAAGGGGKAGUGGGAGAAGGAGAGGGAGCGGGAGAAGGAGAGGGAGGAGGAGAGGGAGGAGGAGAGGGAGGAGGAGCGGGAGGGGGAGCGGGAGAAGGAGAGGGAGGAGGAGCGGGAGGAGGAGUGGGAGGAGGAGAGGGAGGAGCGGGAGGAGAGGGAGGAGGAGAGGGAGGAGCAGAGGGAGGAGGAGCACGAGGGGGAGCGGGAGGAGGAGAGGGAGGGGGAGCGGGAGGAGGAGAGGGAGGAGGAGAGGGAGGAGGAGCGGGAGGAGGAGCGGGAGGAGGAGCGGGAGGAAACGCGGAAAUUAGGAAGGGGKAGUGGGAGAAGGAGAGGGAGCGGGAGAAGGAGAGGGAGGAGGAGAGGGAGGAGGAGAGGGAGGAGGAGCGGGAGGGGGAGCGGGAGAAGGAGAGGGAGGAGGAGCGGGAGGAGGAGUGGGAGGAGGAGAGGGAGGAGCGGGAGGAGAGGGAGGAGGAGAGGGAGGAGCAGAGGGAGGAGGAGCACGAGGGGGAGCGGGAGGAGGAGAGGGAGGGGGAGCGGGAGGAGGAGAGGGAGGAGGAGAGGGAGGAGGAGCGGGAGGAGGAGCGGGAGGAGGAGCGGGAGGAAACGCGGAAAUUAGGCCUUUUGUCGAACAAAAAACUGAUAGGUCCAUUGCCUAAACUCCAAGGCUUAAGAUAUCUGGAGAUUCUGGAUCUCAGUUUCAACCUGUUCACUGGACCGAUUCCAGCGGAAUACGGCUCAUUCACCAAUCUGCAGUCCUUGAUGCUGAAGAAUAACUCACUUUCAGGAACCAUCCCAGCUGAGCUCGGUGCAGGCCUUCAGAAUCUCAUCCGUUUUGAUAUUGACGAGAAUGAGGACAUCACGGGUCCGAUCCCAGCAAGCUUCGGCAAAAUGGAAAAAUUGGAAAUAUUGCAUUUGAGCAAGUUAUCUCUCACAGGAGAAAUUCCUCCAGAGCUUGGAGAGCUGACGAAUCUGAAAGAACUGACAAUAUGGGGCUCGAGCUUGACAGGAGGAAUACCUUACGAGCUUGGGAAUCUGAACAAAUUGGAAUACCUGAACCUGCACACCACACAGCUACGGGGAAAUCUUCCUCCAGAGCUUGGAAACCUUACCUCAUUGACAAAACUAUGGAUUUACAACAAUGAUUUCUAUGGGGGCAUUCCAGAGGAGUGGGGCGGCAUGGUGAAUCUGACUUCAGAGUGGAGUGUCCGAAAUAACAAGCUCACUGGGCCACUACCUGAUUCAAUUGGCAAGAUGGCAAAACUUCAAAAGCUGGAUCUGAGCCAGAAUCAAUUCACAGGAAAACUGCCUCAAGCUUUAUCGAACUUAACAGCACUCACUUACCUGAAGGUUGCCUUCAAUUACUUCAAUGGAUCAGUCCCAUCAUUGAGCUCUACUGUUACUCAGUCUGGCUGGGGAGACAAAAACUGCCUUGAAGCAUCGCCUUACACUGUGGGUCAGAGACAACCCGAAGAAUGUGAUAAUUUUACUUCUACACUUACUGAUGGUUGCGCACCAUGUCCACAACCAGGCACGUAUUUCAUGACGACAAGGCCAUGCAGAUGCCGGAUUCCUCUCGAGAUUUGGCUGUUGUAUGCAUCCGUUGUCUCUCCUUUCAACAGCACACAAUUCCAACAAAGCGUGGCCUCUCAGUUGGGAAUCAAUACUGGCGAAGUUGUUGAAAUACACGAGUUUCCAAAUGGUACCAACAGCCGUUAUGUACAAUUCUGGCUUAUCCCAGAGAAAGGAGACUACAUACGGGAUGAAGUUGCUGCUGGAGGAACAGGUUAUUCCAAAACUGUACAAAACUAUAUGCAGCUUUUCAGUACAAAUCGAGUUGUUGCUGGAGGAUCUGGUUAUAAGGUGGUGAACUACACUUCACCAAUGAAGUGGCCCUCUUUUCCGCCCACAACUGUCUAUUCGUCCACAGUUAUAAAUAAUACAUCGACAACUGCCAAGAAAGACAGAACGUUUCAAUGGCCUCUUGGUGUUGGCGUUGGGGUCGGCGGAAUUGCCAUCCUGAUGGCUGUUGUGAUACUGGUAAUCUGCCGGAAGUCAAAGUCAAGAGACACAAAGACCGCACCACCUGUAAAUGACACAAUGAAGCUCGCAACGAAGUCUGUGUCUGAGAUGGGAACUCCAAGCAGCGACGGUGGAAAGAAACCACGCCCCACAAGCACGUCUACAUUUUCAGGACUAGCGCCCAUCAAGGUGAUGAAGAAGGCAACCACCAUAGCCAGGUAAGUACCUCUAGCGCUCCUCCCCUUCCGGUCCUUGCCUUCCUUCUCCUCGUGUCCUUGCUUCUUCCCCAGCAGCGCUACAAGCUAG